AUGCCAGCUAAAGGUAAAUACUUCUUCAACGAAAAUGAUGACUGCAGGAUAUCAGACCCGCUCUAUGAGAAGUACCGCUAUACAAGCCAGCAGCAUCCACUCCUGCUAUUGCUGCUCUUCAUUGCAAUAAUCUUCUGGACUACUCUAAUUAUAAUCUUUUUUGUCACUAAUGAAGCACGUUAUCAUCUUGCCUUCAUUAUUGCAGUAUGUGCUGCUCUUGUCAUAUUUGCAGUCAUGUACUUACUUUUAUGUAUUGGAUCCCUAUUUCGGAGAUGGCUAAUGUUAUUUGGAGUUAUGAUUUGGAUUUGCUUCCUAAUCGUAGGAUAUGUAUCUCUUUUUGAACAAAAAAAUUAUCAACUAUGGGAACAGGUGCCAUUCUUUCUGUUCAUAAUCUUCACAGUUUAUACCAUGCUACCCUUUGGGAUGAGAGGUGCUGUCAUAAUUAGUGUUCUUUCUGCUCUCUCCCAUAUUGUUGUUCUAAGCAUUGUGGUAAGCACGACUCCUCAGGAAAAUAAGGAAUCCAUUCUAUUUCAGCUACUGGCCAAUGCUGUCAUUUUUCUUUGUGGUAACUUGAUGGGUGCAUUUCACAAACGCCAAAUGCAGGUUGCUUCGUGGGAUUUGUAUAGAUACACAUUAAAGUGCAUUCAGGUCCGAAUGAAAUUGAAGAUUGAAAAGAGGCAACAAGAAAAUUUGCUUUUAUCCAUACUGCCAGCUCAUAUCUCUAUGGAAAUGAAGUUAGCAAUCAUAGAGCGACUAAAGGAAACCAAUGAUAAUAGGCAAAUGCAUGACAACAACUUCCACAGUUUAUAUGUAAAAAGGCACCAAAACGUUAGCAUUCUUUAUGCAGACAUUGUAGGAUUUACUCGCCUUGCCAGCGACUGUUCUCCUAAGGAACUAGUAGUGAUGCUGAAUGAACUUUUUGGAAAGUUUGAUCAGAUUGCAAAGGAGAAUGAAUGCAUGAGAAUAAAAAUCCUGGGAGACUGUUACUAUUGUGUCUCAGGACUACCUGUGUCCUUACCGGUUCAUGCCAGGAACUGUGUUAAAAUGGGACUCGACAUGUGUGAAGCAAUAAAGCAGGUGAGAGAAGCCACAGGAGUGGAUAUCAACAUGAGGGUGGGUAUUCAUUCUGGGAACGUGCUCUGUGGUGUGAUUGGCCUCCGGAAGUGGCAGUAUGACGUCUGGUCGCAUGACGUGUCCCUAGCGAACCGCAUGGAGUCCGCGGGCGUACCUGGCCGUGUACACAUCACUGAAGCAACAUUAAAUCACCUAGGCAAAGCUUAUGAAGUAGAAGAAGGGAAUGGACACCUGAGGGAUCCUUACCUUGAAUCCAUGAAUAUCAAAACCUACUUAGUCGUCGAUCCAAGGUCCAAACAAUGCGUAUCAAAUAAUCAUCUCCCUAAAACAAGAGUUAAUGAUGGGCUGAAGAUGCGAGCAUCUGUUCGGAUGACACGUUAUUUAGAGUCCUGGGGAGCAGCCAGGCCCUUUGCCCACCUGAACCACAGGGAAAGUGUGAGCAGUGACUCUUCAAGUUCACAGGGAAGGCGAAGAAAGGAAAUACCUUUGUGUUCCACUGGGCGCCAGAGAACUUCCGAUAGAAAUUCAUCUCAGAAGGGACGGAUGGAGGAAGAUAUUUAUGAUGAAAUGAUGUCAACCAUUGAGGGCCUCAAUUCAACUAAUCCGUGGUGUGGCAAAUCGGAUGAUUUCUGUGGAUUUUCACUGAUUUUUGCAGAACCCGGUCUUGAAAAAGAGUAUCGCAGCAUUCCUAUUCUAAAACUGAAGAGUUACUUCGCAUGUGCCAGUUCUGUGUUCCUCUGUAUAUUUCUGAUACAGAUGUUUAUAAUGCCAAAAACUGCAAAACUAGGAAUUUCCUUUGGUGUUGUUGCGGUCAUCAUUGUACUUGUUUUGGUUGUGUGCUUUGCUGAGAAAUGUAUGAAGUGCUGCUCAGAACAGUGGCCUUUCCUGCACCAUCUUUGUGCUAUCUCGGAAAAGGUGGAAACAAUGCCUUUACUUAGGGUUCCUUUAGCAGUCAUCACUAUAGGUGCCUUGCUGAUUAUAGCCAUUUUUAAUUUGUAUUAUGCUUAUUGCUGCAUAUUGGGGUUCCUUGCUUGUUCAGUAUUUCUUCAGAUGUGCUUUGAACUCAAAGUUCUUCUCCUGUCCAUUGCUGUGACUGUAUACCUCAUAAUUUUUAAUACUCUCCAUCAUAGACCCUUGAGCUACUGCGGCAACAGUACCAGGCUUUUCAUCAAAGAGCCAAGGGUAAUGACUAAUUUGUAUCUGGUUCUGUUUUACAUAACCCUAAUUUUACUUGCAAAACAGAUUGACUAUUACUGUCGACUGGAUUGUCUGUGGAAGAAUAAGUUCAAAAAAGAACAUGAACAGUUUGAAACGAUGGAGAAUGUUAACAGGCUUUUGCUGGAAAAUGUACUUCCAGCACACGUUGCUGCCUAUUUCAUUGGUGAAAAACGAAAUGAGGACUGGUAUCAUCAAUCUUAUGACUGUGUCUGUGUCAUGUUUGCAUCGGUACCAGAUUUUAAGGUGUUUUAUACUGAAUGUGAUGUCAAUAAAGAAGGCCUGGAAUGCUUGCGGCUGUUAAAUGAAAUCAUUGCUGAUUUUGAUGAGCUCUUGUUAAAACCUAAAUUUAGUGGUGUUGAAAAAAUAAAAACCAUUGGAAGCACUUACAUGGCAGCAGCUGGUCUCAGCGUUACACCAGGCCAAGAGAACAACCAG